AUGUCAAGCGAGAGAAUCACAUGGCGACUGUACCAGCUCGUCGUCGCCACACUAUCGCUGCUCUUCGUUCAUACACUCGUGCAAUCAUGGGAUGACACGACACUCAGGUUCCGUCACAAGCUCAUCAGCUAUGCGCCCGUGCGCAAUGCGCCCAUGCUGCUGCAUCACUUCAAUGCCAAUACGACGCACAGCACGCUAUCGAGCGCGCUACGAAGCGAUAGGGACUAUGUCUAUUUCCCUCAGUCUGGCGGGCACAGCAACCAAUUCUUCACUCAAAUGCGUGCACUCUAUAUCGGUCAUCUCCUCAACCGUACCGUCAUCGUACCGCCGUUUGUGCGAGAUCUGACUCAUUCUGCAGCAUCGUCGCCCGAAUUCACCGACUUCAGCGCUAUUUACACUCUACCGUUUGCGCCAUCGAUUGGCUUUGACCAGGCGAGGGUACACAGUAUGGCAAACGCUCGUGAGAGCAUGUCUUGCUGGACUCGCGCAGAGCAAACGCUUCGCUCUUCCCACUGCUUCGAUCUUCAUGCUUUUGCAAUGCCUGCAUGGGGAAGGGGAUCGUACGAAUCGCUUGCAUUGCUCAACCAGAACCCGAAAGAUCUCGUACUGCACCUAGAUCGCCUGAACGCAAGCUCAGGUACGGCCCGACCGAAUGCGAAACUGCUCUGUGUACUUGACGGCUUUGCAUUCCAUUCGGCUGCUCUGAUCCAGAGCGAGCAUCGAUACAUUGCACCUGAAGAGCUACACGAGCGCGAUCCUGCGUGGCUCGACAUUGGACAACAUCUCGCCUUUACAGCAAUGGUCAGAUUGGAAGCUGCUCAAGUCGUCCGAGACGCGUUCGGAAGCUGGCACGCUCGCUAUGUGGCGAUCCACAUCAGACGGGGCGAUUUCUGUAGGUACGGCAGGGUGAAUUGCUCGCAAAGUCAUGCAGAUUUCCUCACGCCAUUUCAGCGCGCUGUAGCUCGACUGCAAGUACGAGGCUGCGUCGAGACGCGCAGUCUGCCAAAGGUCCUCGUUGGCACAGACGAGAGCGAUCCCGGGUUCCUCGACGCGAUUGAAGCGCUCGGCUGGACGCCUCUGUCCCUCGUCAAAGCCCACAGAGAGCACGACAAGCUAGACAGGGGCAUCUUGACUGCUGCCAUCUUUGCCCGCGCUCAUGCCUUUGUGGGAACAUCGCAAAGCACCAUGUCUGCGCUCGCGCAACGAAGAGUAGGCGCUUCCCGAAGCAACAUGAUGGCGAGGAUGUCCAAGAUGGUCAGGAUGCUCAAUGACAGUCUCGAGGCUUGGUUCUGCAUCGUCGCCGUGCCCGCUUGGCUCUACUUGUUCAUGACAUUGUCGCCCUCUGACGGCGGUGCGAUCAGUCGUGAGGAGGAAGCGAUCCGUACGCUCUCCAUCUUCCAGAUCGGUGUCGCCGUGAUGGUCUUCAUCAACGUCGUAUCAGUCUCGAAAGCAUACAUGCGACAGCCGAAGCGACUCAUCCUUGCUCUCGAUGAAGGAAACCUCGAACGGGGCGAGAAGCCGUCGCCUGAGCCUCACUUCGAGGAGGAGGAAGAGCAAGUCAGCAGAACUGAGCUCGGUCUGGAAGGCGUAGCCAUCGGCUGUCUCGUCACUGCAGUAUUCACACAUCAGGUUCUGUAUCUCAUCGGUGUCUUCCUCUCGCUUGAUGUUCUCGUCGGACUGCGACUUGGCGACAUGGCGUUACAAUCCAGUGCAAGUCAUUCGCUUUGGAGCCCGACGGUGCCCAUCUUGGACGAUGUGCCUGUCCGCAUGCCGAACGAGCCUCAGACUUGCACGUUGGCUCGUUUGCUGCACUGA